CUCUCGUUACGCACGGCCAAAAACAGGGGAAGGCUGAAGGAUAUAUGGCUAGAACCUAGAUAAAAAGGCUGGUCAACUUGGCUCCUCUUUUUCUCCACCGAUCAUGUUUCCCUGUUCUAUCUGCAAGAAACAUUUUGACACUUUCAGAGCACUCAAAGAGCACGCUCGAACAUCUCGCAGUCACCACCCCUGUGGAUAUUGCGAACGUAUAUUUCGCAAUUCGUACACCCUUGGUCGGCAUAUUGACGCCAAACACUCUAAGAAGGAGGGGGAGACAAAAUCGUAUACUUGUCGCCCUUGCAAUAGGAGCUUUGCGUUGCAGUCUAGUUUGGUCGAACACUAUCGGGGCUCCGAAGCACAUCCAACCUGUCCCAAAUGCGGUAAAGGGUUUGAGAAUCGACGGUCCUUUGAUGAGCAUCAACAACAGCGGGGUCCUUGCAACAUUCAGACAGCUCAAGUUUUUUGUAGCUCAUGCGAUAUGAAAAUUCAGAAGGAUGAUAUAUUCCAGCAUUAUUUGGAGUCGCCGAGUCACCCCACCUGUCAUCAAUGUAGGGUUGGUUUUGUAGAUGAUUGGGACUUUGAGCAGCACUGUUUACGCCUUCAUGAUCUUACCAGGUGCAAGCAGUGUGGACGACAGUAUGAAAACGUGGCAGAGCUCCAGCAACAUUAUCUCACCUCAAUAAGACAUCCAACGUGUCCAGCAUGCGAAAUCGGGUUCGAAACUGAGAAAAGGCAGCAGGCGCAUAUCCAAACUAUCCAUUUCCAUUCUGAUCCUGUGAAUGGAGAGACUGACGUUCAACUUUCGCAUGUCUCCCGGGUACCCUCUCCGGUAUAUAUCAGUCAGCCAAGCUCUCCUUAUCGAAGUGUAAUCAGCCGCUCUGUACCGAUCAUCGAAAAUGAGGACACGCUUUCAACUUGGACUUCAUGUGUUUUUCCCGAUGAUGAACCACCUUCCGUGAAGCCUGGUCUUUCAAACUCUGGCCCCUCUGAUAUCACGACGCCCAAAGCAAAGCAGUGGUUACGGCACUCUGUUGAAGAAGUCAGUACGAACGAACAGUCUUCAUUAUUUAGUCCUAUCGCUAUUAGUGUCACAUCGACUGCUAGCGGUAACGGCUCUUCAAAAAACGAUAAUGUGACUUCUGAUGACCUUCGGCCCUAUUGGACUCUCAAUCCCCCAUCGCCACCUGCGGGUGCUCUUUCGUCUCCAGAAGUUCAAUCACCUCUUGAACUCGACCCUCUUCCGACGAUCUCUCCUACCCCAUCUACUCCGAUAUCACUGUCGACCAUUGCGCCCGCCCGCCAGGUCCCUUGGUCCCAGUGGGGCGGCUCUGUCGGGAAGGCGGUAUCGCGGCCUUCCCUACCCCGAAUUGCAACCAGACUACACAAAGCACCUAUUGAAUCAGUGAAGUCUUCUAUUUCGACGUCACUGGCUCGGGAUCUUGUGCUUCUUGGGUUUGAUAAGGGAAAUAAUUCUCUCUUGAACACGCAGGCCCCCGACCUUUCGUCUCCUGCUCUAAUGAACGAUUUAUCGUGGAAAUUCAAUGCCUCGAUGGAUCUGAGACCCAAUGGCGCACAUCCUGAGACUGGAAAUGAUCAACGGUAUUCUGUCCGACCGACUUACCAAAAAGCUGUGACUAGACCGUCUUCCAAUUCGUCUUCUACUUCGACUUUGAACUCUGGUCCUUACUCGCGCAGCAGUACAAUUGAAUCACCUCUCUCCGCCUCGACUGUUGCUGCAGUCUCUCUUCAUUGUCGUCUGUGCAUGAGGGACCCCUGCAUUGAUCCUACUGCGACGAUGUGUGGACACAUUUUCUGUGGAAACUGCAUCACAGAAUCUGUGAUUGUUUCUCCGAGAUGCCCAGUAUGCGAGCAUGCGUUACUGCUCUACUGUUUGUUUAGACUCGAUCUUUCACCUUGAGUCACGUCGGUCAGAAUUAUAGUUGAUAAAUGCAUCUCUUACAUAUCUUCGAAGUUUCUUGUAUACAUGAAAAUAACAUUUACUUGCCAUUCUUAAA